UGGCAUCACUGAAUUCUGGAAGCACAAUCGACAUCUGUAUUUCAAGAUGGCCGCGCCGUAUUAGAGAGGUUGUGGAAAAUGUGGAGUUCGUGUUCCUGAUAGCGGCGUCUUGAAUAUAAGUGUUUUUAUCGUAAAUCCGAACUCAGGUGCUCUACGCCUUUGACGAUGUCGUUAAUUAAGGAGUUAAACGACUUGGUGAACACAGCUCCCGCUCUCGCAGAUCCCGAGGAUGACGUUCACGAAGAUACUAAAGCCAAGGUUGUUGAGAGCUACGGGAAUGACUACGAAGAAGUUCCGGUGCAAAAGAAACUUCUGCGGCGACAGCCGUUGCCUCUUACCGACGAAAAAUACGCAGGAAAGAGAGUAUCGAGGAAGGACCUAAACAAGGAUAGUUCCGGCUCUGACGAUGACUAUUUGUCCAAUGGAGCUGAUGAGGAAGACGUCGUGGAGAUAACAGAUAACGAUGAAAGUGAUGCCGUUGAAGUGAUCAGCGAUGACGAAGACAAAUCCAGUGGGGUCAACACUAAGUCUGGAGACGAACACGGCGAAAGUGAGGAAUCAGCCGACGACAGCGAUUCCGGGAAAGCGGAUGAAGAAGGCGACGAAGACGCAGCCAGCGACGACGACGAAGACGAGAGCCAAAUGGACGCCAUUGACGACGUUCAGCUUGGGACUGCUGACAACCAAAGUUUGGAUGACGACAUGGUUCAGAAGUUUUCCACCGUCGAUGUCAGCGGGGAGGUGCAGAAAGGAAAGGCUGUUCGUUCUCAGCUCCUUGUGUGGGACAGCAUCGUGGAGCUGAGGAUCCAGCUGCAGAAGCUGCUGUUGCUGGCCAACCGGUUUCCAAGGCACUCCCGGUACCCGGACUUCAAGUCGGCCGCCCUGCAAGGGGACAAGAAGAACGCCAACCUCCUUAGGCUCGCGACAAAAAGUGUCGAAGACCUGCUGCAACAGCUGCUGGGUCUUCAGCAGGACCUGAAGGGCGCGCACCCGGAGGUGGCUAGCGUGUUCGGACUUGCACACGAGAAGCAGGAGGACGCAAUGUCCGAUGACGAGGAAAUUCCGAGCGACACGGACGGCGAAGGAUCGGACGGUGGACCAGGGGGGGAAAACGAAGAUGAGGACGACGCGGAGGAGGAAGAGGAAGAGCAGGCACCGGAGAAGCCCGCCAAGAAGCGUAGAAUGGACGACUGCAUCGCGGAUAUCGAGACGUUCUACAAGACCUUCGAGCCCUUCAGGAACUCCACGAUUGAGAAGUGGUACGAGCGAACGAGGCUGUCGUCCGGCAGGAUCAACAAGGGCUUCCAAGCGUUGGAGCAGUCACCCCUCAAGCAGAUCGAGCACAUUCUGACAGACGAGGAGCGCCUCCUUCGCCGAACCCAGACCAAGCGGUCGUCCUACAGAGUCCUCGGCGAUCCAGAAUCUUCUCAACAGAACGAGGCUACCACCAUUGGCAGCAGAGAGAUUGACGAAGAGAUCUUCGACGAUGACGACUUCUAUCACCACCUGUUGCGCGAGAUCAUCGAGAGAAAGUCGUCCAACGUCGAAAAUCCUGUUGCUCUCAGCAGGCAGUGGCUCGAGAUCCAGAAGCUCCGCAACAAGGUGAAGCGGAAAGUGGACACCAAGGCCAGCAAGGGAAGGAAGAUCCGCUACGACGUCAUUCCGAAGCUCGUCAACUACAUGGCUCCCGUGGACUUGUCGACCUACUCGGAAGAGGCCAAGACGGAGUUGUUUGGGAGCCUGUUCGGACAGAAGAAGUAUGCCAGAUAGAACCUUCCAAUAAAACGGGUUUUAAUGAAGCUGCA